AUGUCGGUAAAAAACAAAAUGCACGUGAACCAACUGAACAAAACAAUAUUUAGGGAAAAUUACAAACUUAAAAGAAACUCCAGAGAGGAUAUUGAAUUAAUGGAAACAAUCGAAAAUAUUAGUGACGAUAUAAUGCAGAAGAAUGACUCGUUUGACAACAGCACAUUUGGAAAGUCAUCUACGAAAAAGGUUAAUGACAAGGGGAAUGAGAAAAAUAAAAAUGACAUUAAUUUGAAAAAUUUGAACAAAAAAAAUGACACUGCUAAUGGCAACCACGGGGGGGUAGGAAGUGGUGGCACGGACGGAAGCAGCAACAACAAAAACAUCAGCGGCGCUACAAAUAAGAAAAACAACAGUGGAAACAAGAAUGAACAAAAGUUUUUUUCAAACAUCGCACAGAUAUACGAAACGCAUGACUCGAGUACCAAGGAGGAACUGCAAUCAGAUCCCAAUAAUGAGGAAGACGGCGUCAUGUACAUUCUUUCCAAUGUCAUGGCGGUGUUAUACAUAAUCGUGGCCAUAGUGACCAUCCUGCACCUGCACCUGGACGAGGACCACGCAAUCAUCAAGGCCAUCAGCGCGCUGAAGCUCCGAUUUGUCGCCCUGAUAAAGGACGUGCCGGCCUUCAAAAACUUAAUGAUCACCGUGGCGCUAAUCAAUGUCAAAAUUAACACCCUCCUGGAGGAAGGGAUGACAAAGUGGAACGUCUUCAAGCCGUACAUAGAAGCACUGAAGCCACUGAACACCGAAUUCACAGUUCUCUUCACCAUUCUGAUUCUUAUGUUUUUCACGGCCAUCUCCAUUUUAAGCAUAAUACACGGAAUUAUAAACAUGAAGAAUGACAAAAUUUUAAUGGAAAAAGAGAGUAGUGUUUUUGUGACGAACAAAAUGACGAUGGAAGAGUAUGAAGAUAAGUCCUUCACGUAUAGCGAACUAGCCAAACUGCAUGGCGAUAAGGAUUAUAUUUGUUUAAAGAAUAAGAGGGCAGGUGAAGGUAUUGAGUCGUGGAACUGGCAAGUGAGAAAAAUUAAAGGCGGAAAUAAUGAUAAGGAUAUAUGCAGUGACAUCGAACUUUCUGACGGGGGAGAAAACUAA